CGAGAUCUUCCCAGCGUUGUGGUGGACCAACCGAAGGGGCGAGUGAGCGCGCCAAGUUUUGGAGAACAACCGCAGCCUCCCUUGCAAGCCGGAUCAUUUUCUUCAACCAUCGCCGGUAUUUUAAGGCAGCGUGCACAUUAAGAUACCAUGAAAUACCACUGGUAGGUCAAGGGCCGUAAAAUCCGGAUUUAAUUUUUAUUCUGUUUUUUUCUUGCCUCCUGCACUGGACCGUUAGAAGUGUUAAAAUCAGAACGUGUCUUUUUUUUAAGAAAGGGCAGAAAAGAGGAAAGUUUCGGGAGGGAAAAAAACCCCUUCGGCUUUAGCCUAACAGCCAAGACAAAGCUUAUGGCAAAGUGGUCAGACCUUCCAGCAACACCACCAGCGCGCCUCAGUGAGCUCCGGCUUACUUGCCCGACCUCCGAACUCCGCCCAGAGCCCAGCCGGCCCUCCUUCCCUCCCUCCGCGCGCAUUUCUGGAGCCAGGGCGUGCUUUGUACCAGGUUUCUCCGUUUGGAAGUGGCAGGCGCGGUGCCAGCGGGACUGAGAGUCUAAAAUAUGAGAACUGGUUUCUCUUCAUAUUGAGAGAUGUAUCCCAGAAGAAGACAUGGACAUUGGUUUCUUCAGACUCUAUACCAAGUGAAUGCUUCCAGAGGAAUGUUUGGAAUACACCACAGCACAACCCUUUCCCAGUUUGGCCAAGUCUGUGCAGGAUCCAGGACCAUCCCAAACAACAGAGUACACAAUGGCAUCUUUGACAACUACAGAAAUUCCAAUCGAGGACAUGUUUCCAAAUGCCCCCGAGGAUAUUUCCAUGAUAAACAUCGCUAUCGUGGUCGUUCUUUUAGAGGAUUUCAAAACAACUUCUCAAAAGGAAGCUCCCAGAAGUUGCCACAUUCAUCCUCAUAUGAUAAGUCAAAUAAAAGGCAAGAUGGUUCUCAAAAAGUGGAAACAUUGUCAGCAGAACCCAAGGAAGCUGAACAAGGCAAGGAGGUUUCUUUGUGGAACAGAACUUACUCACCCAAGGAUGAGUUAAAACCUGAUUCUCAAGCCACAGGUGUUGACAAACCAUUGUGUUCUGCACUAGCAGUGUCUCCAUCAUCCUGGGGAACUCUGGAGAGCCUUACAUCCUGCAGAAAUGAAACUGAAAUUGACCUGAGUCAAACUAAGCAGGUUGAAGAGAAGGCCACUCCGGUUGCUGAAGAGCCUCCUGAACAGAUAGCUCCUUUCCCUUCUGCUACAGUGCCUGCAGAAGAGCGCUCAUUGUCUGAAACCACAGAAAGGCUUCUUUCCGUAGAAGAAAAAGAUUCUCCAUUGCUGGACGUCAGCCACUCUCCAGAACAUUCCUGCCAUGUUAAGUCACCUUUGACUGUAGAAGUACCAUUCCAGUGUGAGAUGGCAAAUGAACACCACCAGUCUGAGGAAAAAGAAGUUGAGCUGGUAAUCAGCAGCUGCCUGCUUCUUAUGCUAGAAACCAAAAUCACAGGCUACUGUGAGAAUUCAGAUCACGGACAAGGUGGCUGUGCCUCAACUGUUAACUCCGUCAAGCACCAACAUACCCUCAGUAACAUCCAUUGUGUGCCUGUGCUGGUGAGAGAUGCAAGGAAUAAGCUGCCUUGGAAAACUGCUGACGACUUGAGAGGAUGGGCACCUGAGGACUGUCAAGAUCCUCCCUGGACUGUGAACCAAGCUGGCAAGUGUGAGAACAUCUCUGAACACAACAGAGAGUUGUUCUGUUGCCAGGUUCCUUCUGGGCCCCUUUCUCAUACUCGCCUCUCCUGUGACCAGAAAAAUGAGAAUGGAAGACUGCUAGAAUGCCAUUGUUCUUCACCAAAGAGUCAUUUCAGCAGUGGUUCAGAGCAUUCUAGCACAAACUAUGUCUCUAAGAAGUUUGGUCCUGAGAAUUCAAGACCCUCUUGCCAAAAAAGAUACCAUUCAAGAUCCCCUCGCAGGCAAGAACAUAGUUCAGUAUCUCCUCACAGACAAGAACAUGGUUCAGGAUAUUCUCACCUGCCCAAGCUGUCCUCUCAAGAUCAAAGUUCCCCUCACAGGAGGAAGGGUGACAGCCAUGGAAGAAGUCACUGCUGUUUUUGCCUCUGUCAACAAUGCUGCAGUCAAUCUCAGAAGAACUCCUGGGACAGUUUCCCUCAUUGUUUUGGCAACAUAAAGGGUCACCGUUCCCCCCAAGAAAUAAGGAAAGUCUAUAAAGUGCCACAGGAUCACCCUCCAGAGAGCCCCAUAAUAGCUUAUAAAAUGGAGACCAAUUUUCAGAAAAGAGAGGAGAAAAAAGAAACAGAACAUAAAAAACCUGCAAAGAAGAAAGCAACUUUAGAGAAGAGCAUGAAGUCUACCAAGGAAUCCAGCAAAGCCAUCAUAUCUCCUUCUGAAUUUAGUUUUCGGUUGCCUGACUGCUCAGCACCCCUACAAAAAAAACAGGAAGUCCUACCAAAGAUUAAAAAAGAAACAGAGUCGCCAGAGAAGCAAACAACACAAGACCAUGUCCUUGUCGGUCACACUGAAGCAUCCACCCUGCCAGAGGCUGCACAAAACCUACCACCUGUUCUACGGCCUGAGCUGCUCCAGAAGGCAGCCAAAAGUGAGAACACAUGUUCUCCACACCAACCCAGCGCUGGAGAGAAAACCAACUCUUCAACAAUGCCAUGGACUCCCAAGGACCGUUCUGCAGCCGUGCUGGCAAGAAAAGAAGCAAUUGAAGAGGCCUAUCUGCAGGUGCUUCUCAACUUUGCAGGAGUGGCCACUAUGCUGGUUGAAAAGGCACCAUGCAUGCAGGAAGCUAUGGACUCAGCACUCCGGGCCAACCUGAGGAGGAUUGGAGACUACUAUGGAUGCAUGUUAAGCAAUUAUAUUGACAGUUUGGCAGAAACCAGCUAAGAGGGGAUACAGUGGGAAGAUCUGAUUGAUAUCACCUUGGCCUGUUGCAUUCUUUUUGGACUUGUCAAUGAAUGGGGGGAACUGGAAAAAGCCUCUUUUCAGCAACAGGGAUGUGAAACCUCUGGGAAAUAUGUAUUUAGCCUACAGCAGCAACAGGAUGCAGAAGCAAUAACUGAAAGAGCUGCAAGUUUGACUUGGCUGUACUUCUGAAAAAGGGCUUGUGAUGGAACAGCCGAGGAACCCUCCUGGUCAGAUUACUUUGGCAAGUGUGUACCCAGAGGCUUCUCCAGAAAUUUAACUCAGGGAAUAAGUGGGUAAACUUCAUUUUGGCACACAGCUCUGUGAAAUAAACUGUUACACAGGUUUGCCUUUGAUCUUGUACCGAGGCUCACAGUAGUGGUUGAUUCUGCAUUUUUUGUUCUCUUUUGAAUUCAGCUGUUAUGAACAGAGAAAAUGAAGUCGGACUUAUGAUUAUUGAAAGUCCAGUAUCCCCCCAUCUGCAUAAAUAGCAUCUGUUUCUUGAAUGUCAAGACACAGCAUUUCAUAAAUAAUAAACUUAUACAUGGGAACAACACAUAUUUUGGAGCUUUUAUUUGAAAGUGUACUUCCCUGUACUAUUACUGCUCACUCAGCUCCAAGUAAAUCUGCUUACCAUUCUUUUAGUAUCCUAUUUAGGGAUAUUAAGUCAAUUCAAAUAAGAUAGAGUUAAUUUUUUUUUUUUGUAUCUUUGUGCCUUUUGAAUAUGUACGAGUUAGGAGGUUGCUGGGCAAGGAUCACAGGAACCUGCUCAAUUUAUGCAGAAUGUGGAAGAAGGGCUACAAUCUGAUGCCUUCAUCUCACAUUCUUCCUGUCAAAAACUGGUAACCUGUUGCCCUCCAGAUCUUUGGACUAUGUAGUUCCUGACAACUGACAGUCCUGGUAGAGGCUGAUGGGAUGUGCAUCCAAAAUAACUGAAAGUCACCAGGUCUCUGCCCCACUCUAUGCUGUAUCUCGAUUUUGCUUCAAUAGUCAUGCUGAAGAAUGUCUUGUGACAUCACCGUACCCACAGAGCCUUGCCUCGUUUCCUCUAUAGGUGAGGCCUCCAUAAGUAAACAGCAACUCAUGCAUAAAUCUCCCCUUUCAGAAUUUCUACCUUUGGCACAGACAUUGGGCAAUGAACAGAAGGUGUUUGCUGCUCUGUCACAAAUGUAUGCAGGAGAAGCAAAAGGGCAACUUCUGCUGAUCACUGUGCCUGCUAUUGAGCUUGGCUAUCAGUAGUCAUGGAACCAAUAAAAAUGUUGUGGUUAACCUCCCUGGCAACUUAAGCUCCCUACCUUCCCCAACCAAUCACUAUGCUAACCUGCUAAGGGAAAGCUUUAGAACUGUGCAUGUCCACACAUGGAUGUUUGGGAAGGGAUGGUGGAAACUGGCACUACCUUGCAUAAGGCUUUAGUGGGAUCAGCUUAUUGGCUGAAACCCUGGUGUGCACCUCCACCUGGGCAGCAGUAGAUUGCCAAUGAUUAGGCUUCCCUUUGUGUUUUCAGGGUGUGCACGGCUUGCACACAGUGCAACAAAACCAUGCUUACCACAGAAUUGCAAAAAUAAGUCUUUGAUGGGCAGCAAUCUGCUCCUGCUCCCAUCGUUCCUGUUCCUCAUUCAGACCCUGUCGAUCAGGAUUUUAGCCACUGUUUGUCUGCCAACUAACUUUUGUCUAAUAUGUAUUUGUGGUUACCAUUUAGAGAAAAGUCAUUUAUUUAAUGCUUGAAGCAAAGAGGUUACUGCUUAUAAGAACUGCUGGAUAGCUCAGUGGUUUAGAAAUCUGGCUGCGGAGCCAGAAGUUGGGAUUUGAAUUCCUCACUUGAUGGAGGAUGGGCUCAAUGAUCCAUAGAGUCCCUUCCAGAGCUGCAGUUGUAAGAUUAUUAAAUCAACUUUAGCCAGUGAUUUGUUCAAAGCAGAAGUCACUCGGUGCCAUUUAACCUAUUCCUGUAUGCUCUCAAGACCGUGUUAAUCUUUCCCAAGAUCUUAAUUAUUUUCGUAUGUGAACAUUUAAUGACUAGACUGAUUUUAAAAAUUAUUCGUCUAUCACAGACUGAUGCAUAUAAAUAAGCAGUACAUUUAGAUUUUUAGGAUCAUGAAUGUAGUUGUCAGGACUUUGUAAUUGCCCCCAGUAUCUCCUGCUGCUCACGAAAUAUCCCCAGAGCUGUCAGCAGGGAGCAGCACAGAAGAAUUAACCACAGAUUGAACUGGAGAACACAGGCCAUUGUUAAUGAAAAUGCUGGCUCCACAGAAAGGUUUCCAAGGCGGAUUCCAAAGCCAUUUAAAGCAGCCCCUGUCUCUACCUCUCUGUUUUUCCACUCAGUGAAAAUACUGGCUGCAGUGCAGAAAGUGGGCAUGCUGAUCACCCUCUCCAUUUGUGUGAGAAAUAUGUGUAGAUACGUGCACACACCCAGUAACCUUUCCAUCCUUAACUUGUUCUACCUGUUUUUUUAAAUGCCAUUAUCAACUGGGGCACUACAGAAAGUGGAGCAUGUUGGUAUGGGCAGCAAGCUUGCCUGGAAACAAACUUACACAUUU